AUGACGAAAAACACCAUAGCCGCAUCGGGGUUACAAACCCCUCCUACAAAAGAAUUCCUUUUAAGCUCUCCAGCGGAGAGCCAUGUCUAUAGCCGGACCACAAUUACCGGUACUGUGGAGGUUAAAGACGGAUUCCCGGCAAAUUUCAGCGUCGUCGCCGAUCCUAUCUACGUCCAACAUUACCCGAGACUCCUGUUAGGUGCCAAAUAUCCUGUAGACGGUGAAAUCAGAGGCGAACUCAAAGUGGAUGGAACGCUCAUCAAUUUGGAUGGCAGUGCCAACUUCAGUGUUACCAAAGGCGUGGCAUGGGGUAUCCAUUUGGAUCCGCUGACGCUCCGUUUGGAAAUUGAGGAUUACAAUCUCGUAGUGCCAGACUUCAAGAUAACUACCCGCGAGCAGCAGGUUACACUCAAUGUCGCAGUAACCUCCAAGGGUGACUAUGACAUCCUCCUCGAAAGCGACGCACCUGUCCACUUAGAAGAAAUUGCGAAGGCGGCAAACCUCCCCGAUUUCCCCUUUGAAGGACGAUUCGAUGUUCGGGUUGUUGGAACGCUCAAAAAACCGGCAAGUGCCGCCCCUCAGGUCAGCUGGCGGGUUGAACUCGAUUUUUCAGACGUAACCUUCUUGCACAAUGAACGCGACACGAAAUAUCCGCUCGGUGAUGUCUACCUACUCGGCAAACUCAUAGAACGAAAAAACACCACCGGUGAACCUGACAUCUUCGCCAAUUUCUUCGACUUUCAUGGACACGGGUUUGACGGAACAAGUCAGAUUCAGGGUUACGUCAGCAUGGCUACGGGGAACCCCUACCAAUUCACAGCGGAGAGUGAGGCAUUUGAUAUUACACCGAUUCUGCCCAUACUACACCCCAUGCUUGAGGCGGUUACGGGGACCGCUGGCGGGAGUGCGUCAAUAAGCGGAACGGUGGCAGAUCUUGUGCCACCCGCCGAGAACAUAGCCACGAGCAAUAGCCAUCAGCCGUCAGCGGUCAGCGGUCAGGAAAGAGGUUCUCUUUCUGAAAACCGAUUGCUGAAAGCCAAUACGCAGGUUUAUCCGUACGAUGUGGAUAUUCUUGUCAGGACCUCCCAACUCCGCUAUGAGACCACCGCAACGCAGGAAAUCGCGUUCACAAAUGCUGAACCGAUUCGUUUGCAUCUCAAAGACGACAAAUGGACAAUCGAUUCCCUCUCCUUAAAGAUAUCCGAAUCAAUAAAAAAACGUCAGCCUGCAACAACGGCGCAGGCGGGGGAUGAUAAAAAACCGUUGUUAGACCAAUCGCUUGAUUUAACGCCUAGCGAAUCAUUAAAUAACCCAUUUCUUGAAUUGACAGGCACCUUGGAUGCAAAAAAUGAGACGAUGAAUCUGCACGCUGUAUCUGACGGGUUUGCGCUGCCACCGUUUGGAGACGCAUUGGGACUUCCGCUUGGUAUGCUGCAAACCGGUGCCGUCCGUUAUGACUUGAAAGCGACAGGAACACCUACCCAACCCAAUGUUCAGUUAGAAUGGGCAAUCCCGACGCUAACAUUAGAAACAGAAGCAGGUGAUAUUAACAUCGCCGAUGCGGGUGGUGCAAUAACAUAUCAGGAGGAGACGCUGCGUUUUGAGGGUUGUGCUUUCAAACUCUUCGGUAACGACAUGAAUUUGGAAGGGUACAUUGAUGUUCAACCCGAAGAAGUCAACAAUUCAGAGUUACACCUCCGCGUCGAUACGAUUGCCUUGGAUCUCGCCACCUGGUCUCCGAUGGAGGCUAUCAAUAACCUUGGCUCCGGAUACGUUAAGCUUAGCGGUACAGGUUUAGACCCACAGCAGAUUACAGUAAUUGGUGAAAUAAACGAACUGGAACUUGAUAGCUACGAUUUCCGUCUCACGAACAGCGCACCGCUCCGAUUUAAAUCUGAUCCGGGGGGAACCACUGAGAAGGCGGAACCCCUUGCCGUGCAUAUUCCGUUACAACUCAUAUCAUCGACUAUAACAGCAGCGAUGGAACUCAACAUUGCAGGCACCAUCACCGCCCCUGAAAUCACAGCAGACUGGCACGGCACGCUCAAUGAAAAGGAAUGGACAGGCAAAAUCCAGUACCAAGAUAAACGCAUAAACGUCACUGGAAUAGAACUCAAAAACCGUGAAGGGACGUUAACCCUUGCGGGUGUUAUUCCGUUUAAUCUGACAUUUGAGGCGAUGGAUAUAUCUGAGCGGUUUAUCGCGGCACCCAUUGAUGUACGUCUUCGAGGUAGCGAACUGCCUCUCAAUUUUUUCCCAGGGAUUGAGACCUUCUUUUCAGAGGCGGAUGGCACUGUUGACAUAGAUUUGGGAAUACAAGGCACAAGUCAAUCUCCGUAUGCGGUGGGAAACGUGUUUGUUGAGGCGUUGCAACUGCGUCUCAAGGACUUUCACGAGCCUCUUCAGAAUAUGCAGGUGCAACUCAGUGCACGGGAAGACCUGAUUGAUUUCACAGAGUUCCGAUUUGACAUAGGGGAUGGCGACUGUAGACUUGAACAGGGACAGAUAGUAUUAGAUGGUUUAACGCCAGAAUACUUGAUAUUACGAGGGUUGAGAUUAGAACGAUUCCCACUCGGUUCAACUGUACGUCAUGCCUUACCGCCAGACAUGUUAGAAGAGGUAGAGGGGCAUAUAACAACGACACUGAGAACAUUAACAGUGCCGUUCGACAGUUUCUUAGCGACUGGAGAAAGGACACCAUUUCCGCAAGUCCGAGAGGUUCCCUCACUCGCCGACCUCGUGGCUGUUUCAAAUGCGAACUUAUCAAUUGACAGCGUCCGCCUCGCUUUCAAGGCAAUGGAUCGGUAUUAUGACCUCCAAGAUCCGCGACCGACUCCGAUAGUUCUCAGUGAUGGAACUUUGGUUUUAACUAAAAUGUUCACACUUGAAAAUAAAGACGAAUUUUCAGUCAAGCAGACCUUUACCGACGAGGAUACAAAACCUGACGGUUUACUUGGGGACGAACAGACCAUUUCAGCUAAGACAACGCUUAGUAUUGAUGCUGAAAGCAAAUGGUCGGUGAACGGGGAAUUUGACGGCGCACUGCGGAUCAAGAAUUUUGAUGUUUCAGCGAUAACGGAGGCGUGGCCCGCGCCGUAUCGGGUUACCGGUGCGCUUUCUGGAAGUUUACAGAUGAGCGGUACCAGCAAGAAUCCAAAGAUAACCGUGCGGCGGCACGAAAACGAACCUGCCGAACUCUACCUACACGACAUCCCGAUUGACCUGCGAUGGAGAAUCCGAUAUCAGAACGGGAAAUGGGAAAUUACAGAGAAACGGUACGUUGAAGUCAGGUUUGGUGAAAAUCAGUUGACUUUCUCAUGGACGAUGCCUUACCAGUUUGAAGUAAUACCGUUUCUGACGGCACUGCAACAGUCCCCAGAAAAAGUUUGGACGGAACUCCAACAGACCCAAAUGCGUGGGACCUUGGAUAUUAUAUUAGAUGACCUUGACAUGCUGCCGUUUGUGGUUCCUGGACUCAGCUCGGCGACAGGCACAAGUCAGGUUCAUGUCAAACUGACAGGGUCGAUGGAGGCUCCAGAAGCCAACGGCAAUAUCCUUUUUAACAAUAUUGGAUUUCAACUUCCAGACGCUGGUAUUGAUGUUAAAGAGAUAGUAGGCAAAAUUGAGUUAUCAGAAGCAGGUGCGAUUAUUAAGCAGCUUGAUGGCAUCUUGAACGAUGGAAGAUUUGUGAUUGCAGGACCCACAGAUAUUGAAAUCGCCUGCUUAGGCAAACUCUUCGGUCCAAUUAGGCAGCCGGUUUUCAGCGGAAACGUUUCGGUGCUCAGAGGAAAAAUUGGGAUUCCUCCGCAGACCUUUGAAUUCACUGAAGGAUCUACAAUCCGUAACCAGAGCACUGUCGAUUUUGAUCCGGAACUCACUAUUUUUCUCCGUACACCGAACCGCAUUCGAGGCGUGCUACCGAGAGACGAGAGCACUGUGGAUAUUCAGGUGUAUGCCUCCGUUACUGGCACUCUAAGCAAUCCCAACUUCAUCCUGAGCGCGCCCCCUGAAACGACCACGGAAGUCCUCUCACAUGACGAUAUUAUAGAUUUCCUCUUACGCAACGCUGCGCUCUCAGGCGCACUCGAAGCGCAGGAAUCAGUGGAACUCUCACGCGAUAGAAAGAAGACAGAGGAAACGGCUAUUUCGCAAAGUGAGACAUCCAAUCAGAAACAGAUUGCAAAGAUAGAGUACUACAUUGGCACAACCCCUGCGGAAGAAACCACAGAACAACUCAAUAUACUUAGAAACCAGACAGUCGUAUAUGCUGGCGACCUACUACUGUCUCAGUAUGUCAUUCGACAGAGCAUCAAAGAACUCUACGCGAUACAGCAAUAUUCCCAAAUUCAGGUAUACUCGCAGGACACUCCCGAUGGCAUUGUUUUAACCUACCAACUGACUCCUUUCGCGCGCAUUGAGCAAAUUGUGCUCUCCGGCAUCCCUGAAAACGAAGUCAAGACCGCCAUCGAGAAUACGAUGCGGUCAAAGCAGGGAGGAAAGUAUGUACCUACAAUCGCUAAAACCGAUGCGCAGCGCAUUAGAAGGGUCUGUCAAGCGUACGGGUAUUUCGACGCUAAAGUCAUAGUCCCCGAUGCACUCACCGAAACUGGUACGUUAACCUACCAAAUAACUGUGGGAGAUCCUUCAGUCAUCAAAAUAUUGCAAAUUAAGGGCAAUGCCACUAUCUCAACGAAUGAACUUAAAGCAGCCUGUAACUUUAGCCGACUCUCUCCGAUUUACAACAAAUCUGCCGUGGAUACCGAUGUAGCAGCCAUGUUAGAACUUUACCGUAAAAACAACCAUCCCACCGCCACCAUCGCCCCAACCUUUGUCCCUGAAACCGGUGUGUUACAAUUUCACAUCAAUGAAGGCAAGCAGGUUCAGUUUAAUUUUGUCGGAGAACUCCCUCUAUCGCUCCAAGAUGCGUUCAGAGAAGACAUAGUUUCGCUAAUAAACACAGCCUCCGCUUCUAUGUGGGAACGCCGGAUAAACUCUUAUUUCAAAGCCGAAGGCUACCAUGAUACCACCGUAGAUGAGGAGACACUGGAUGCAUCCAGUGUUCGACUUACGAUUAACCCAGGGACGCGUUAUGUCGUUAAGGGUCGUCACUUUCUCCGGGAACCGGGCGUUUUCGGACGCAAAACUCAAGCGAGAGAUGACAAUGAAACCCAUAGGCGGAUUCCUGCGAAACCUACAAGCGGACAUCAACUCGAUACAGAUAUACAUCGGCUCAAAAUUUUAUACGGAAAAGCCGGUUACCCGCAGGCAGUCAUUAAGACAACGCUCGAUAAGAAAAAUCCAAACAACCGGCGUAUUGGCGAAGCUGUGAUACACGUCACAAUAAUUGAAGAACAUAAAGAGAUGAUUCACCGAUGCGACAUCAGCGGGAACAACGCGUUAGAUACCGCGACGCUUCUGGCACGUUUGCAGAGUGAACUCCCCUUCCCGCAGCCGAAUGCCUCGCUUGCGCGGAAAGCCUACGGCGACGCAAUCUUAAAAGCCUAUCACGAACUCGGAUACAUUGAUGCAGUGGUUAGUAACUCGUAUAUAUCAGAAACGGAAGAUCCAGUUUUUCGAGUAACGGGUAAUUUCUCGGCACCGCUUGAGAAAGGUAAACUCCCUCCAGAAAUCCGAACGGAAUUUGAGAGACAUAACCUUACACUUACGGGCGUUUACAUAGCCACCUAUAUCGGCAACCGUUGGAGUCUCCAAGACAUCGAAGGUAACCCACGGUAUACACUUAAACAGGAAGCGACACAUCUUGAGGUUUAUGAGCACGGGGUACUGCAUCUCACUGUGGAUCAGGAGAGUGAACAGGUAGUGUUCGGUAAAUUCUAUUUUGUGGGGGACACGGAUGUCGUGAAACAACACGUGCUUGAACGGGAAAUUACUCACCUUGAGGGAACUCUUUGGACAUCAGAGAAGUUAAGUAGUGUCUUGCAAAAUCUCUAUAGCUUAGGGAUUUUUCGCAGCGUCCAAAAUGAACGCUUCUCACAGGUUACCCGUAGCAUCAGGACACCGCAAUCAUCCAAGGUUGCAGAUUCCGCUAACCUCCGUCUCAGGAAAAUCAACGAUAUUUUAAUAACGGUCGAAAAACAGAAACCAAGGACCUACAGUGUGAGCAGUGGUUACAGUUUCGCAGAGGGUUUCCGCGGAACAUUGGCGUUAACGGACAGCAACUUUCUCUUUAAGCGGAACAUCCGAGGACGUGUGCGCAGUAGAUUGGGAUGGCGAGACGAGUUAGGUUAUCUCUUUGAUGCAACGCUCACCGAACCGUGGUUGAUUGGACGGACGCGCGGGAGUCUACAGGUAUUAGCCAAGAAGUUAGAGGUGGACGAUAACGUCCGCGCACUUCAAGGAAGGUUUCAUCCUCAGCAGAGACUUGUCUGA